CAAAAUCCAAAUGUAGCAAGUGCCUUCUUUAGUCCUGUAUUAUUUAUUCUAUACAUACGAUGGUUUUUAAACAUGUGUGCUGUAGUAAACUGGCAUAUAGCUUCCAAAAGGAUCAACCAGGGUGGGGAGGAAAGUUUUCCAGAUCUGGAGCGGCAUCGUUCGGCACAUCUGGAAGCAGUUUACGCAGCUCUCUCGCUCCACCAGGGCAACAUCUGGAUUCUGUGCAGCUCCGUCGUCGCAGAGAAAAGAAAACCAGUUCCGAGUAAACCACAAGAGAAUCAAAGUAUUCUUACAGCAACUACAGAGGGACCAUCUAGCCUCUUGCCUUCCGAUUUCAAGGGGGAUCCCACGAGAGAGGCAGUUUUGGCAUGAAUGUUUGCAGCGCCGGACCAGCCCGCUACCAAGAGCAGCCGCCUUGCCAUUAUUUCUUCUGGAGAAAUAGUUCCUUCCUAAUUGCUGUGCUGCCUAUGAGAGGAAGCUUCAGAUAUGAAAGCCUUCUCAGAAAGAAGUUAGUCCUUUGUGUGUGGAACAGAGAUACACUGGAAUCUGGUUGUGAAUGCAAGUCUGAGAACAGUGUUCUUAAAAGCAACAGAUUUCAACCAAACGAACAGACCACAUGGCUUUCUUACGAAAAAUUAAUCAGAUUCUACUGUUCCUUCUUGUUUUGACUCUUUGUGUCAUUCUUUAUAAUAAAGUUCACAAGAUGCCAUCAAUCAUGCUAAAGAAUGAACCAGUUGAUCUGGAAAGCCCUGAGGAAAUGGAAGACGAAAUUCCCGUGGUGAUCUGCGCUGCUGCAGGCAGAAUGGGGGCUGCAGUUGCCGCCAUCAGCAGCAUUUACAGCAACACUGAUUCAAACGUUUUAUUCUAUGUAGUGGGGCUAAAGAAUGGCAUUCCACAUAUCAGAAAAUGGAUUGAAAAUUCAAAACUGAGGGAUAUCAAGUUUAAAAUGGUGGAAUUCAAUCCCAUGGUGCUAAAAGGGAAAAUCAGACCAGAUGCGGCACGGCCCGAGUUACUUCAGCCUCUGAACUUUGUUCGAUUUUACCUCCCUCUACUUAUCCACGAACACGAGAAAGUGAUAUAUCUCGAUGAUGAUGUGAUUGUGCAAGGCGACAUCCAGGAACUGUAUGACACAAAGUUAGCCCGUGGCCAUGCCGCAGCUUUUUCAGAUGAUUGUGACCUGCCUUCAACUCAUGAAAUGGUUAGAAGUGUAGGAAUGCAGAAUACCUAUAUGGGAUUCCUGGACUACCGGAAGCAAACAAUUCGAGAUCUGGGCAUUAGUCCCAGCACCUGCUCCUUUAAUCCUGGGGUCAUCGUUGCCAACAUGUCAGAAUGGAAGCACCAACGAAUCACAAAGCAAUUAGAAAAAUGGAUGCAGAAAAAUGUAGAAGAAAAUCUCUACAGCAGCACCCUUGCUGGAGGUGUGGCCACUUCACCAAUGCUCAUUGUAUUCCAUGGAAAACAUUCAAGUAUUAAUCCUUUAUGGCACAUUCGACAUCUAGGUUGGAGUCCAGAUGCUAGGUACUCUGAGCAUUUUCUUCAGGAAGCCAAGUUACUUCACUGGAAUGGAAGAUACAAGCCUUGGGACUAUCCUAGUGUUCACAAUGACUUAUGGCAAAAGUGGUUUGUUCCUGACCCUUCAGGGACUUUUAAAUUGAUUCGUCCUAAUCGUUGAUGCUGUCAUUUGCAUUUUAAGUCAAAAGAUGAGUCAUUUCCCACAUGUACAAGGUACAUAAUUCUACAUGAUAUUCUGUUAUGUGGUUUACCUCCUUUGUUGUACAUAAAGCUGCUGUACAGGACUGUAACUGAUUUGUAUGAGGCCAAAGUGAAGAGAUGUCUCAAAGUGAAACUUAAUGAAGUGUGUCAUGGGGCCGUGAGGAGGCAUGCACAGUUCUGAGAAGCUUUAACGAAGGCAACCAUGUUUAGGAAAAAUUCUUUUACUAAGAGAGCCCCCUUGUUUUAUAGCAAGUCAUAAGUCACAUCAGCCAUACUUUUCUCUUGCUGAAAACCCAUUUGUAAUACCUUUUGAAUUAAAAGAUUUGCUGUAAGUCUUUCAAAAAUCAAUAUACAACUAGAACUAAAAUUACACAUCAGUUUUUAUUUAUCUCAAUGUUCCACUGCUUGUUUCCAGCAGCUCAAAGCAAUUCAGCAUUAAGAUUUUUUAAAUGCCACAAUGAAGCACCAGAAGAUAUUGCAACACAUUUCCUAAUUUCUUGCAAAAAAAUUGGCAGAUCCAAAGUGUUAAGUUUUUUAAGCACCAUGUUUAAGAUACACGCAUUCACAUUUCAUUAACCUCUUGCUGUGCACUUUAUUCUUAAGAAGUUGCAUGGAUGCCCCCUUUCACAACAAGGUAAUGUUCUCUUUUAAAAUAGUUACUACUGAGCUGUCCGUCAGCCAUGGUAACAUAAGUUUUGUUAAAUAAGAGUUGUUCCAGAUCCCUGAUGCAAGGCACUUCAAGCACUUGCAAGAAAGUGUCCAUGUAAACAGCGAUACAUAUAAAAUAAGUGAUAGUUUUUUAUAGAUUGACCAUAUAUUGUCCACAGAGACUAACAAACAUGAUCAGAACCAGAAUAUACAUCUCAAUCUUAAUUUAAAACAUUGAGUUUCAGGAUUAAACCACAUUAUUUUGGAAGGAGAUAAACAUGCUUGCCUCUUAAUAAGCAGCAAAUCAGAACACACUCUGGAAUGCUGCGAGUAGGCUAUGGGUUUGUUUUAAAUUGAUCCACUCAACUCAUUGUUGCUAAUGCUAAUACUUUUUUUUUAAAAUAAAUCCAGCUCUGUGAUGCA